CGCAUUGCACAUUUACCCACGACAUAAAAGCAAAUCAUCUUCAGUGUUCAGUUUAGAUGCGAAUCGACGACCCUUAACCCGCUGAAUGCAUUACUUGGAAGGAGUUUGACUGUUUCUCGAUGAUCUCGAGCACUUGUCUUGUUCCAUUCCACGGAGUUUCGCGUCUUGCUUAUUGUAAUUACCACAUCCUUCCUCCUUGGCCUCACACACCUGGCUUGGAUAUUCGUUGGAUCCACACUCCUUACAUCACCUGCGACUUGGCGUCAGUACAUAUAUACAAACACCGGCGUAAUCAGGAAAGAAACGACGAAGAUUGGAACGACGACGAAUUUUCUUCCCCUACACACCUCCAUCCAGCGCUCAGUUUUUUUUGCAAUACCCCCAAAAAAACCUUUGGCUUAUUUUUGACGAACACACACGACGAGCGUUAUACAAACCGUCGAUUUACGGGACGGACAGACGAAAGACGGAACGAUAAUCGAUAUCCAAUACUACAGCGACUGGGCAACCAUCAUGACUUACGCCACGCUUACGCCCACCUCGCCUCGAAUUUUUCCCACCUAAUAUAGGGGUUGUCAUCUCCAUGCCCCGAAAUCUCCUCGAUAUAUGAUAUUUAGUUUUAAGGCGAGCGUGGUGGCUAUGAAAUGAAUGAAAGAAAGAGAGAAAAUGAUAUUUGACUGCGAUGCAAUUGGGCUUUUCCCUCCUCGACCUCGACCUCGAUCCCGACUCGAACAGCAACCCUCGCACCGAUGGCGAUGCGUCCUCCCUCCCCUCGUUCCCUCUUGGAUACUUCGCAUGGACGGCAAGAAGGAUAUUGAUUCAAGAAUGAAUGGACUGGGCGCGGCAGGUCGA